ACAACAAGAUGCGAUUCUUCUGCGUACUGAUCCUCGCCUGCCUUUUGGCGGUGGCCCAUGGCGCAUCGACACCUGCAUCCUCCUCAACGCCCACGGCCAGCACCUCAACCCCCACAACCAGUACGUCCAGCUCGUCCACCCCGGCAUCUUCCUCAUCGUCCUCAUCUUCGACAACAUCGGACACAUCAGCGACAACUACCACAACUACAACUACCACUACGACUACCACUGUGGCACCCACCACCACCACCACGGAGUCCUCCAAAUCCAAGAAGGAAAAACACACGAGCCAUUGGAAGGUCGUGAGGAAAGGGGCUGGUCUGAGGAGAACCAAGAAGACCAAGAGGAGCAAUAAGGACACGAAGGACAAGAAGAGCAAGAAGACGAAGACCACCAAGACCAAGACCAGGAAACUCAGGCGCACCCGUCGCAGCGGUUAAAUAUUUAACACUUAAUAUAUGAAA